AUUAUUAUUUUUAUUUUUUACAUUCAAGGGGCGGUCUUUCAAGCUGGGAAGGUAAAUAUUACCGACACUUCCCAAAACAACCAUGGCUGCCAAGCCGUUUCUUUCGAAACUCAAUUCCAGGGUUCGGGAGAUGUAAAGGUGUUCGCGACGCUCAGUCACGGAAACAGAUAUGUUAAAAUCCACGACCCAGCGUCUCUUUGGGUGAAGUCGGUGUCAACAACAGGUUUUGAAGCCUGCGUGCGAGAAGCAGGAAGUGGCUCUGGUGGGACGUCUGUUAUAAACUGGCUUGCAUUUCAAGGUUCGCAUCAAGGCAUAAACUCAGGGAUCGUGGAAUUUAAUGAAUUCACGUCACGAACACAAUGCAAGAAGAUAUCGCUGAGCAUUCAGAAUCAGGUAACUUCGCGAUGUUAUCCAAUUCAUUCAUUUAGUCUUCAAUUUUAGUUUUAAAGUCAUUACUCAUGAAAACCGAUAACUCAACUUCAACCUUAAGGGAAAAGAUAACUAAAACGCCCGUGACUACUUCCCAUCAGUAAAAUUCCAAAAAAUAGCCUUGUUUUGUAGAUUGUUUAAAUACUAUGCCUACAAAAAUCACCAAAAAUGUAAUGGUUAUAGUGCUCCUUGAUGAAAGUUGUUUGAUAUCUUCUUCGUGGCUCUGCGGGAACAUUUAAUGCAUAGAUAAAUGGACACAGAGACUACUUCAGCACAGAAUUGGCCUAAAGCAGCAAUAUCAUCGUGGCAUAUCCCCUUUAACAAGAAAAGGGCUUAGCACUAUAUGAAUCGUCCGUUUUUCCUAUGUUUUGUUUGCUUUUCAAGAAUCUCCUCCUUAUUCUGGCAAAUCGCCGCAUGCAAAACCGAGUAACUCUUCAAAGCCGCAAUGAAGUCGAUACUUGAUUAUUUCGAAUUCCCCAAUCAACAAUUGUUGCGAAGCUAUAAUGGCCAUGAGCUUGUCAUAAAGUUAGUCACUGUUAAUCCGGCCCUUUUCGGGGCAACGGUCGAUAAUCAUAUUUAAGCUACUUAUGGGGUGAUUUUGCCUCUUCUUUUAGAUAAAACCUCAAGUGUUUGUAACCGUUCAACAUAAACAUUCUAACCGUCCUUUUGAUUCCAUGAACAUCUGGCUAGAAGAGGUCAAAGCAGACGGCUUCGUUGUUUGCUUGAGAGAGUUUAUGAGUUUCGACGGUAUCCAUACCGGACUUAAAGUUGUGAGUUUUAAAAAAUUUAGCCCAGUCUUCGACAAAAACGUUUUUCUUUGUCCUUUCUUGUUAUCAAUUAAAUAUAAAAUUAAAUCUGAUUGUAUGGAAGCUAAUUAAAAACCUGGUGGUUAGUUUGGCCUCCCCUUAUAAAUUACAUAAAAAUUAUAUUAGGACUGAAUUAUUGUAAUACCUAACCCAUAAAUGUUUUAAAACCGUGAAACUAUGAAUUAGCUUUGCAAAGACAGCCUGACGAAAAAGGUGGAGGGGUGGACUGGAAGUGAAAGAAAAAAAAAAAAAAAAAAAAAAAAAAGGGGACGCUGAUCAGGCAGCGGGGUUCUUUCAUAGAGCGGCUUUUCAGCCUUAACAAAAUAUCCCGCCUGCUGCGCAUGUGCAGGCUUUUUGAAAAGAAAGAAAGUUUUCUUGAAGUCGCGCAUAUAAACUAUCCUCGUCAAUUCCCUAAUGCAUUCUGUGCCGAAACUUUAGGGUUCACUAGUGUGUUGUGAUGUCACAUGAAAGCUAUCCGUUUUUUUAUUCAUUUAUUUAUCUAUUGUUUUUUAAAUCUUAUUCAGCCCGGUGGCUUUGAGGCCUUCUAAAACUUUAAUGUUGAAUAAAUUUAAAACCGUUCACCUACUUGUUGGAAUGAUGAUUACACUAUUUUGUGUAAUCUUAGUGGCGGUCUCAUGAGUGGUUAUAAAGUUCCCGAAGGGGGACUUCGAAGGCCCCUUCCCCCCUCCAAUUCCCAGGAAGCCCAAAAACGCCCGGUCAGAAUAGUGUUAAAUGUAGGUCAUGGUAUUUUGCUUCUUUCCUAGACUGCAGAUACGAAUUUUUCUCAGGGUUCUCACCGUCAGUUUAAGUUUUCUUAAAACCAUAAGGAAAGACGUUUAAUGCUGUGACUGUUACUUGCGUCCUUCUCCUCAGAACUGGCUUGCUUAUGAUUUGCUACCUGAGGUUUGGAAUUUUACGGAGCAAGGAAGGCUUCAUUUUUCUGGACUUGGUGCACCAAAGAAAGAGAGCAAUUAUGCCUUUUGUCAGGUUGGAAAAUGUGACGUUUAUUGAUAAUACAUUCAAUUUUUAUUAACUUAACUUACAAAUCAAGCCUUUAAACCAUCGUGGUAACAAUUAACGUUUGUGUUGUGCAUUUCUCAUUUCUUUGAGGGACACUGCGGCAUGGGCGUAUUGUGCAUUUUUGAAAUAAGGGUUUAAGUCCAACAAGAGAUACGACCUUCUUGAUUAUCAAUAAUUCGUUAAAAACCUCAUGCGUUGUUCAUAAGAGUUGUGAUUUAGAUUUGUUGACCGUUACGUGGUAAGGAGGUGCAUCCACUAUUAGAUAUAUUUUAUAGACCUUGAGUUUGCCUAAUCAGUUCCUUAAUGAACUGGGACAAUAUCACUUUCUUCAAAAAGGAUGAAAGCGACAAUAUACUUUUUCUUUAAACAGUCAGAGGGAAAAUUAUUGUGUUUGGUAAAUCCUGAUUUAUAGGAUUACAAGUUUGAGAAUCCAUUCUACGAGCCGCCCAAUAUUCUAACGUUUGCCACCCAUGAAAAUGGCACCAGGGAACUUUCAAUGAAGGCAGAUGGUCGCUAUAGCAACGCUUUGACUGUCUGGAUUGAGGUGAGUAGCCUUGAAGAGACCUAAUAAAUUGAAACUGUUUCAGAUAUUUGCUGAUUAAAAUAGUUGCCUUCGCUAAAGAAUAAAGCACUUAUAAUAAAAAAAAAGAAGUUCAAAGUGGCACUUAACACUUGACGGCAAAUUCAAGCAAUAACUUGAAUCAUCAAGCUGAUUGUCACUUCCCGUACUCAUUUUUCACCUCCGGCUGAUGAUUCUUCUUAACGGAGGCUCCGUAGGUUCAUGGUUUAAAAAAGGUCACAUCUGUAGAUUGUAAUUUGUUGAUCACGAUCCAUUCUUAUUUUUACCUCGUUCUAUGGUGAUUAUGAUUGAAAACUAACUUUCUCGGAAUGUAUUGUUAUUUUCAUGUAUUUUUAUUUUCAACUUUGUCUAGGUGGCCUCGGUUAUAGUAGUCGCACUGUAACAGAGAGCAGCGUCCAUUAUAAUAUAUAGAUUUAGCCAGGGCUGAAAGCGAAGCUCCAAUUAAUAAAUUUAUAACUUAAAUCAAACAAUAAACUUUUAAUGCACAAAUCAGUUGACUUAAGGGUACAUUCAUGUGACUUUUGAGGGACAGGCUAAUAUUAAUAUUUUAGAGUGAAACAUCUUACAUCGAAUUGAUAACCUUAUAUGUACACCCAAAAAAUGGCAAACUUCUUCGAUCACAUUCAAGAUCACAGUAGAUUAGGCCUCGAAAACAAAUUCUUGGAAAACAAAUCACGCCAAAUUUUUUUGCGUUCGACCGGUUUACUUUACAAAUUCUUGCCAACAAAUCUUGGGGUGUUUAAACCAACCUUUUAUAAUUUUUAUACAUCACAUUUGAGGUGAAACAGUACUAUUUAUCGUACAGACCUCGGACAGAAUGUGGUAUUUCACAAUUUUUCAAGACAAAUUGCACUCAGUCAAUAUUCAGGACGAUCAAUCGUGGGCUUUAAGCCAAACCGUUCAAAAAUUUCCAAAAUCACCCAUACGGCCAGCUGGUUCUCGUUUCUAUAGUGCGAACUGUCAGUGUGGUCGAGUGUUUGAAUGAACUUUAACAGAGUUACACUUCAACGUAAUAGCGAAUUUAUUAUUAUUUGUUUUGUUAUUUAAUGGUUUCAGUUAUAACGAUGUGUAAUCUUAUAAAGUGUUUGAUACGCGCGACAUGCAAGCCAUGGUCAGGAACGAUGAAAACAAACGGCACAGACAAGCGAUUAAAAUUGCAAGAGAGACUACUAACAAUCAAAAAAAGAGAUAUAAUUCUGUGAAACAUUUACAGAGACAACAAUUUUCAUUCAUGAAGACAAGUAUUAAAAAUCCUGGGUCUUUAAGCGUAAAGCUCGGCCUGCUUCCCGGCGCGGUGUUUACUGUUUUCGAAGAUGAACACCUUGAAGCAAGAAAAUCGCUCAAAGUUUUCUUUCUACAGCCAAAUUUAUAACUAAAUAUUCUUCGAAACGUUUUCUUUCUAUUUGUGGUUAGCAAAUAUAUCUGAAGGCUUUUUAAAGUUCUGUAAGCAUGUCUCUAACCUAAAACGAGGUCAGAUCAAGAAAGGAUAAAGGGGACAGAGAAGGCAUCCCCAUACACACCCUAUUCCAUAGGUAAUUCGUCUCGAGUUAUUUUUAGAAUCGGGAUAAAGUUACCUCGCGCGAGGCGUGGAUGUUUCGUGGAGGUUUCGCAUGACUAAACGCCGUGCAAAACAUGUCGGGCGAAGGCAAUGAAAGCGUAAAAAGAUCGAGAGCAUUCUUGAAUAUUGAAGCGAAAUGAGUCGGCGCUCACCUGGGAAAAAGGAAUCGCUGGACUCUUUGACAACCCGUGAAAUCAGUUUAACUCGAAGUUGUCGUAACCUCAGUGCUUUAAUAAAAUGAGAAAUUUCGCCGGUCUAUUGAAACCGGUCGUACAAUAGGGAGUUUAAGAUCCAACGACGCGGACGACAACUAGAACGUCAAAAAAUAAUAGGUUUAAUUAGCAAAACAACAACUUCGCACGUGCAACACACUUUUUUGUUCAUUUCUUUCCCGUUUUUGCACGACUACGACUUGAAAAUGCCUAAUUUCGCGUUUUAUGGAGGACGUAAACAAGCAACGACGAAAUUUUAUUUCUCUUUCUGAGCUUGAAUAUGGUCCCUUGAAAUUCAGCUUUAGGAGGGUUCGCCUACAAUUGACAAAGUAAGUGGGUAGGAAUAAUCGCUAUAAAGACUGAAAAAAUUCAAAUUCACUUUUUAAGCGACGUUCUUGUCGCCGUCGCGCCGUUGGAUCUUAAAGUCCCUAAUAAGGCAAGUAGGACGCCAAGUGUUAUUUUUGUUGAAUAAUAAAAGACUAAUAAAGGAAUAAAUAUGAAACCAGAAAUUGCUCUCUUCAAACUGUAAAUUUUAAAUGAUCCUGAGAGAAUAUUCAGUGUGUUAAGGAUUUCCCUGCUGUACUGUUAGCUCUAUACAAGAGAGGAAGGGCGAUUCUUUUUAAAUUUCCGUUUCGCUGACACAGCUUUCGCAUAAAUCUCGCUGUAGUCGUUUUCGUCGACAAAAGGAAUAGCAAAAUCGCUCUCCGCGUCUUCCCCCAUUUUGUUCUGCGUCAUUUCGUGAAGGACGCGUGGCUCUCAGCGUGGGUCAUCCACGCGGAACACAUUCGCGCUAUGUGAUUGGCUGUUGUCUGAUCCCCCUUGAGAUCUGUGGUGUUAAAAAUAACUCGAGACGAAUUACCUAUGGAAUAGGGUGUGUAUGGGGGAUGCCUUCUCUGUCCCCAUUAUCCUCUCUUGGUCAGAUCAAUGACUCAAAUCCUACAAACGUGAUAAAAUUGCCGCAUAAACUGUCAGCGUGAACUGUGCAAGACUUCAUGAAAUUAGAUUUAACGAAAACAAACAUCAAAUACAAUAAUUACUUAAACUUACCAUUCGAGAUUCAGUUUCUGAAAGCUAUCAAGGAAGGCCACAGUUGGUUGAGACUUUUAAACCCUCUUACGCAUUAAGCAAGGUGAAAAACGAAAACGAUGCCAUCCGAAAUCGAAUUACCGAAUUUUGACAAGCGAUGUAUUUCUCAAUCAAAAGCCCAGUAAACAAACCAGCCAUGAAUGACAGAAGACUCUUGAUAGCAGCUGUAUUUCAUUUUUUACAUCCAGAGGAAAAAGACAGUUAAAAACAUCACAAGUUGACACAAAACUCUGUCAGCUUCGGCUGUCAAAGUAAACAAGUUUCAAGAUGCUGCAUAAUUUUUCCGCAUGAACUCACCUGUCAAAUUUUGACCAAUCAGAGUAUAAAAAUUGGACGUAGAGCGUGACCAACGCGUGACCAUGGUAAGAUAAAGCCUUCCCCCUGUACUUUUAAAAAACUGGGUGAAUUUUCGCUUCCGAGGUCAGUUUGAAAUCAAAAUCCUAAUAGUGCGGGGCCAUAGUGACAUAAACACAACAUAUUUGAUAUGAAUCCUUGGAAAAAAUAAACUUGAGCCUGCAAUCAUUUGAAACUGGUAAUUUGUCAGCGGAUAACUUCAAAAAAUACUAGACCUCGAUGGGUCGACACUUGAGCCUUCGGUACCGUCAGGUGAUACUGGUCAGCGGAUGCCCUGUGUUGAUAGCUGUCAAUUGAUCACAACAUUGAUGUGCAAUUAGUUUUCUCUUGGGCUCCCAAACUAGCUAAAAGUGUGAGAGUAAACAUUGGUUUUCCUGUGGUGCGGACGAACGGUCGGCGGUCGGUCGGUGUACGGUCACGUGAUUACCAAAUUUCCUGGGAUGGGUAGAUUUACUUAGCUAUAGGGCUCCGCUAUGACCGUGGAAACUGUACAUCCGUUUAAACGAUUCAAAGUUGCUCCUGUCCUUAUUGCCUUAACUGGACGCCCCUGUCUGAAAGCUAACAAGUCAAUAUAAGCUUUUUGCGUUCGACGUUAGGAGAACGCUUCGUAAUCUUUGGGGAUCCUGUGGUCGAUGGGAUACCUGUGCAUGCCAGGCGUGAAGAUUCGAGAUUUUUGGUUACUUGGACGGGCGAUGUUCAAAAUCUGCGCCAUUUUGAAUAAUUAUUAAGCGCGCGCACGAAUUUUAAGCCCAAUAGCCGGCCAAAGAAAUUGCGGGCUCACCUGGUGGACAUGCGCACACAACUAUUUUUUACGUCAUAAGCAAUUGUCAUAUGGCAAUCACGUGCAUCACUGGUUCCAUCAAGGUCAACUAGAUGAUUACACGGGAAUAUUUGAGUUCGGCAAAAGAAUGAACUUUGGAGUUGUUUUCUAAGCGGGUUUUAUCACUGAGCUGAUGAUUCUGCUAAACUUUUCGGUCAAUGCCGUUCAAAUCGAGCUGGAACUUCGUAGAAACACACAAAUAAAGACCAGGUAACAUUUGUGCCGUGAGAAGUUUACCCGUGCGUUUGAGUCUAUUUACAUAUUUGUAGUUUAACCUCUUUCAUGCACGAAAAAGUAAGCUUGAGCGUAUCAGUGCAGUUUGUUACAACUGUAAUGCUUUAUUCACGUCUGAUAUCUCUACGCGGGUAAUUUUGCAUGAUAAGUAUCUCGCUCGCUGAAGCAAGCUAAGUUUAAAACAUGUUGAACUGACCUACAUGAACGUAAAAUAAUCAUGAGAUGAAAAGUUUGCACAAUGGCAAAAGAUUCUGUCCGGUUCUCUGACAUCAGUAAUCUAGCAGAAACCUAAUAUGUUUCCGUCGCUCCUAUGAUCAUUGAUUUCACUUCAAGUUGUGUCACGCAAGAAGCCAAGACUUUUAACCUUCAAGGCUACCAUUUUUUCGAAGUUUGUAGUGACAUGUUUAUCUUUUUAACAACAAAGAACUUUUUACGAUCUACUUUACAUUUUUAUCGACCAUGCUUGAGGGAGAGUAAGACAUUUUAAGAGUAGAGAGUUAAUGAGUGAGAUAUUUUGAAGCCGUAUACGCGAAGAACAUUUUUUACGAAAAGAAUGUUUACCUUUUAAUUCAUGAUCUCUUCCAUGAUUUUGAAAUCAAGCUUGACGACACAAAAGCUAAUCUGGAGCUAAGAAAACUCGAACGCACUUAUUGAUCUAUGAUUACUACUAGUUAUUUAUUGGUAUAUCUGAUGUUAUUUUCCAGGAGAUCACUCGUUUGUCUUUCAAAGUGUGCAUCAAAGACAGUCAGGGAAUGAGCAAGUCUCACGAUCCAGUUACAGUGGACUAUGCUAUAGUGGGAGGUACAUUACUCUUAUAUUUGCUUAUUCUUUAAAUUCAAAGAUUUGUCUCUCAUACCGGUUCGUCCUAUUAUCAAGGCAUUUCGACGUUGGGUCAAACGUCGAAUUGAAGAAAUGAAUUCGAAUACGAAUAAAGUCAGGCAAUUGGCACUGUAAAAACCUGUGAUCAAAUCUCGAAGAAAGAAGUUGUAAAAAAAUGACGUUCAAAUAAGGACAGCAUCGUAUUGUAAAAAAAGUAACUCCCCAUUUCGUAUCUUUUUUUGCCAUCAAUUGUCUUCAGAGGAAAAACAAAGAAAAAUUUUAAAAAAUUGAAAGCAGUUGCUCUCUCAAAGGAUGUAGGACGUCAGGUCAAUUUGCUAUUCAUACAAGUGCUGAUUUUCUUGUUUUGUUUUUUUUUGACCUAAAGAUAUAGACCCAUGCACAAACGUUACUUGCGAUUACCAUGCCAUCUGCAAAGCUUUCUCUGCAUUUGAUGCCCGUUGUGUUUGUGAUGACAACUGCCCGUCGUACGAGGAGCCAGUGUGUUCGUCCAACUCGACAACAUUUAAGAACAAGUGCUUUUGUCUGCUGGACAUUUGCAGGCGCAAGAGUAACCACACUCUCUAUCAUCCCGGUAGUUGUACAGGUAAGAGAGCGGAUUAUAAGGAUUUUUAAAACCAUCUUAACCAGCGCAUACAGAGCUCUAGUGUUAUGAGAUAUGGCGCCGCUGAUGACUUACGACAUCACUCAAUUUGGCGGCCAUCUUGGGUGCCAUCUUGGAAUCACCGUUUUAAGCACAUGGCAUUUUCCGUGAAGCUGUAGGUCCAAAAUAAAUCACGAUUAAAUACUAUUUUGCUUAUUUUGGUACUGUUUUGAACGCAACAAAGUGCCAGUCAUAUAGUACCACGAUAUGAUUGUGUGAUUCUACAAUCAGCUUUUGAUUUAAUUCCUCGCAUAUAGAAAGGAUUUUACACGUUUUUCUCAUCCUCAUCAGGUAUUUGUAGGAUGCAUCUUUAUUUGUCUUUAUGUUAACUUUAUUGCUGUUGUUGUUUGUUUGUUUGGUUGUUUGUUUGUUUGUUUUUUCUUAUCGCUUUCAGCUCUAAUUAGCUUUGUUUUUCUUCUAUGUUAUAUCUUCUUUUUCUUGUUGUUCCUCGACAGGUUUUCCUGUUCAGACUGGGCGAGUUUCACUGAAAAGACAUGUACAGUGGGCAGAGACGGCCUGUGAACUAGUGAAAUUCCCACCGUUUUCAUUCUAUCCAGACAAAGAAGUGCACGUACAGAUAACGACCAAUCACUGGAACAUAAGCAAGAAAAAUUUUGUUCAUGAUGCUACUGUGUCCUGGGUGGAAACUGUUAACUUCGAGAAUUUUGAGGUGAAUAUUUUAAUAGGAAGUUUUCAAUUCAAAUACGUGUAUUACUUCAAGUAGUAAUUAGUGACCUUCUGCUCAUUUGUCUUACAUCUCCAAGAGCUCUUGUUUACCUGUCAUAUUUCUGGCCAGUAAAAUACUAUUUGAACAUAUUUUAUUUUCACAACGAGUUAACAGCGAAGAUUUCGUGUUUUGCGCGCACAGAGGAGCACUAUGGGUAAGAAAAAUUGGUUAUCUAUACAUCCAAGAAAUUUUGAUUCCUUACAAAAUCGUGCGUACUUACGUAGGACGGCGUCUUCAUGUUAACGAAUGUGAAAUGUCUUACUAGCUGUAAAUCCAAAACAUAUACAAAUUGUGUUUAACUCGAUUUUAGACAUCCAUGUCAUAAUCAAUUGAAAGCUGUCAAAGUAGGGCAUCCCCAGACCAGUGUCACACGACUUUAUGGCUUGCUCAGGUGUGUUACUUAUUGAGGUGACGGUUUUUUUAAGUUCUCAGCUGACCAGUUAUAGAAUCAAGUGAUCGCAGGCUUGGAAAACGUUUUUUCAGCAAGUCAGUUUACGAGAGCUCCGCUUUUGACCUUGGCUAAAUCUAUAUAUUACCUUACCAUAAUAUAUAGAUUUAGCCAGGGCUAAAAGCGAAGCCCCCAUUAAUAAAUUUGUAAUCUAAAUCAAACAAUAAACUUGUAUUCCACAAAUCAGUUCACUUUAGAGCACAUUCAUGUGACUUUUGUUUUGAGGGAUUAAGGCUAAGUGAUUUGAGAGAAAAAUAAUUUGCUAACAGUUCAAGAGUGCACCAAAUCUUACAUCGAGUUGAUGGCCUUUAUAUGUACACCCAAAAAAUAGCAAUCAUCUUCGAUCACAUUUAACGGCCACAAUGGCUCUUGAUCACAGUAGAUUAGGCGUGGAAAACAAAUACUUGGAAAGCAAAUCCGGCAGAAUUUUUUCCGUUUGACAAGUUUGCUUUACAAAAUCUUGCUACCAAAUCUGGGGGCGUGUAAACCAACCUUUUUAUACUUUUUAUACAUCACAUCUGACAGUCUGAGGUGAAACAGUGCUAUGACGCGAUGUUUUUAAUUUAUCAUACAGACCUCAGACAAAAUGCAGUAUUUCACAAUUUUCAAAUAUAAAUUGCACUCAUUCAGUAUUCAGGACGAUCGAAGCACGCGUGGGCUUUUAGCAGGGGAACCCAACGACAAUUUUCGGAAAAAUAUCUGUUCGGAAGACGAUUUGAGAUCUAGAAUUUUCGGAACAUUUCUUGUAAAAUUUCUUGCUUCCAUGCCUCUCCUAGGAUUUUCGAACAAAUAAAAAUGGUAUACUUGCCCAUAAUUAACUAAUUUUUACCCUAAAAAGUUCACCUAGAAUUUUCGGGAGCCUAUUUUCUGGCUAAAAUUUUCGACCAGGUAAGUUUUGAUCCCUAUAAUUUUCGGAUCACUAGACUUUCAGCUAGGAAAUCCGAACAGAUGAAAAAUUUUUAGGGGAUAAAAAUUUGCCUAUGUCUACCGUUUAAUUACUAAAAUACAUUUAAUAAUGCUAUGUUUAAGUCGUUUUGAACUAUAUUCUCGUUGGGUGCCCCUGUUUUAGCGAAACCGCUAAAAAAAUUUCCAAAAUCACCUAUAUAACGGCCAGCCAGUUGCAAGCUGUGGAGUGUUUGAAUGAACAUUAAUAGAGUUACACUUCAACAUAAUAAACAAUUUAUUGUCUUUAUUUUUUUUAUGUAAUGGUUUUAUAACGAUGUGUAAACUUAAAAAGCGUUUGAUACGCGCGACGUUUUGAGUACUCCUGCAUGCGAUGUUCAUGAGCGACUGAAAACAUUAACGGCAAAUUGCAAGAGAGACUACUAAGAAUCAAUAAAAGAAAUAUAAUUCUGUGAAACAUUUACAGAGACAACAAUUUUCAUUCACGAAGACAAUUAAGUAUUAAAGUGUCUCUAAGAAUCCUGAGUCUUUAUGCUUAAAGCUUAAGUUUAUGUUUUAAGCCGGCUUCCCGGUGUUUGUUGUUUUCAAAGAUGAACUGGAGGAGAGAAAAUUAGCUUUCUUUUUACGGCCAAAAUAAAAACGCAACGUUUUUUUCUUUCUAUUUUCGGUGAAAAAAAAUCGACUUAAGACUUUUUAAAGUUCUGCAAGCUUAAAUCAGACCUCAUACUAUAGGUCAGAUCAUUUAGGUCAAAUCUUAAUUCAGACAUGCAUAAACUAGCCUCAUAAACUGCGCUCAGCUUCAUGAAAUUAGAUAUAUUAAUAAAACAAACACAAAUACAAUAAUUACUCAGGCUUACCAUUCGAGAUGCAGCUCCUGGAAGCUAUCAAGUAUCGCCAGAAUCGCUUCAAACUUUUCAAUCAAGCAGGGUGAAAAACGAAAACGAAUCGAUGCCAUGGAAAUCGGAUUUCCGACUUUGACAGGCGACGUAUUUGUUAACCAAAAACCUAAUAAACAAACUAGCCAUGAAUAACAGAAGAAUCUUGAUAGCAGCUGAAUUUCAUUUCGUACAUCCGGUAGAAAAAGAGAGUUAAAAACAUCACAAGUUGACACAAAACUCUGUCAGCUUCAGCUGUCAGAGUAAACAAGUUUCAAGAUGCUGCAUAAAUUUUCCGCAUAAACUCACCUGUCAAAUUUUGAUCAAUCAGAGCAUAAAAAUUGGACGUAGAGCGUGACCAACGCGUUCACGGACGACUGAAAACAACAACUGGCAGAACGAUCAUGUAAGAACGAGAUCCUGACAAACAAUCAAGACAAGAAAUUUACAAAACUGUAAUACAAAGAAACAUUUCAAGGUCAACAAUUUUUAUUCCCGAAGACGUGUUUUGAGAGUAAAGUGUCUCUGAAAAUCUUGAGUCACGAAUAGAUUUAAAUUAAGCCUUAAGUUUUAAGCCGCCUUCGCCGUUUUUGCUAUUUUGCAAGAUGAACUCCAGGCAAGAAUAUCGCUCAAAGUUUUCUUUUUACAAACAAUAGGAUAACUAAACUAUUUUUCAGAACUUUUUCUUCUAGUCGCGGUCAGAAAAUGUCUACAGACUUUUAAAGUUCAACUUCUUUACUAGGUCAGAUAAAUUGAUUCAAACCUUACAAAUGUGCGUAAAAUGAAGGCAUAAACAUGAAAAAAGAAAACACAUAAAAUGCGAUAAAAUUACUCAAGCUUACCGGUCGAGGUGCAGCACGGAAACCCAUCAAGUAAGGCCAGAAUCGCUUAAGACUUUUCGCAUAGUCCAGCAAGGCGAACUAAGCUUACAAAGAGUAGCUUAUUUUUGAAAACGAUGAUUCCCGAUUUCUUUUUGUCGUGCGGCGCAUUUCUCAACCACAACCCAAUAAACAAGCCAGCCAAGAAUAACAAAAGAAUGUUGAUAGCUGCUGUAUUUCAUUUUGUAGAUCCAGUGCAAAAAGACAUGUAAAAACAUCACAAGAUGACGCAAAACUCUGUCAGCUUCAGCUAUCAGUGAACAAGUCGCACAUGCUGCAUAAAUUUUCCACUUGAAUCCUCUUCGCUAGCGUGCCUGUUAAUUCUUACUCUAUGCUUUUCUCUUCUUUCUCUUUCCCGUCGCUCUUCACUUACAAGCAAAUAGUUUGAAUUCAAUCUGCUAUUGUUUGUUGCCAUAACAAUUUUUUCGAAACAGUUCACUAGAAACUGAGCACUACGGUCACAAAAUCUUUAUGCAAUGAAGUAGUUGAAGUAAACAUGUUUUUGAACGCGACGACAGCCACGCCAAUUCUUGCGCGAUUUCCCGCCAAGAAAACGGUGGGUUGCACAAAUGCUUCGCGCGAUUUAUAACAUACUCCUCCCUCGGACAGGCUGACACCUGAUUCCCUUCCCUCCCCCGCAAAGAGUGUACGGGCGUACGCUACGUCAUAACCAAAUUUUCUCGGAUGGAUUGUUUACCAAAUUUUCUUAUCCAUCGUGCUCCGCUGGCGCGCUUCGCGCGCCGGAGCUCCGCUAUAAAAUAAACAUUACCCAUUACAUUUAAUCUUUAGGUGUGCGUGACUGCAGCAGGAAGAAAUGAUCGCUUUAUCAAAGAAUUUGCCACGGUGGACUGGAUGGCCUACCAAGGAGCACCUGAUGGAGGUGUGGCGGAUAAAACGCGCAUUCCAGAAUGGUGGACUGGAUCACAGUGCUCAAAAGUCAGCCUUCCUCAGGCAAUAACACUUCAUUGUUACCUCUCAGCUGCAUCUUGUUUCGUUGCAUAAACCAGAAAAAAUAGUGACCUUUAGUUACGUUUUUCAGUAAGGUGAACAUUUGCUAUGAUGAUGUUGUAAGUACCAAACACUCCAUUGUUAUCCAAUCAAAGAUAUCCGUACUUGGACUUGGAGACAUGAGCUGGAAAGAGGCAGCCCAGUUUUGUCCGCGAAAUUCGUUUUUUUUAAAUCAAAUUUUACACUUUUUGUCAGAAGGGGGAGAUAUUCUCAAAAACGUAUUAUUUAAUACAAAAAUUAGGAGAAAGAAACUUGUACGGUCUAGGGCUAAAUUUGACAGUCGCGUUCAGACACAUGACCACGAUCCGAUGUCCUAUGAGCGUCCCCAUCAUGUAAAAUUUUUAUUUAUUUCAAAUUUCACACAUACCAUUCUCCCAAUCAUCUUUGCUGUGAAUACUUGAUAACCAAUUAAACUUUCUUACUGUACAUGUUAUGAAUAUUUUUUUUUUAACAGGGAAAAUUUGCGUCUACACCAACGGUCUUGGUUACAGCAGAACAUAUGAGUGCAGACUUUAAGCACGAUGCCGCAAGUUUGUGGGUAGAAAACGCAACCAGUUCGUCCUUUUACAUUUGUCUUCGAGAACUACAGAAUUAUGAUGGUCUACAUGAAGAUAUCUUUGUGGUAUAUAUUUUCUCCUUUAUAAAUAUAUCUGUCUGGAGUUUGCUAAAACGUGGCUAAAGAAAUUUCAAGUGCAUUUUAUCAGUCUGAUAUCUGAGUCAAAUGGAAAGCAGUUAAAAGUUACUAGCUGACAACUUUAUUGCUGGCAACAGACGGUAAAUUUCUCUCUCAGAAGUAACAGGAUUUUGGGAUAAAAUAAACAACAUUUGAAAAGUCCAGAAAUUAUAACCUUUUAGUCAGCCAAACCUUGAGGCUCAUAGUUAAGUGUCUGCCGAAAACAGAUUAAGAAGCCACAAUCUUUGAGCACAGAAUAGGCUUUCUAAGCCAAAAUCAUCUAAACUAACUCUCACAAAGCGGUUUUAUGCUUGGCACAAAGUAAUCUGUUAACGCGAGCUCAACCACAUACCUGAGUUUUGUCUGUCAACACCUUCGGUAAAUCACACAAUAAAAUCACUUUCGAUUCAAUCACAACACUUCCAACCACUCAUAAUAUUUCCACAUUUAACACGCGCGAAUCAUCGUCAAAUUACUUGGAGCGAUAAAAGUCCGGUCUGAAUAGGAUCAAUCAUAAAAUACGUUAAAUGAGAUCUCACAAGUAUUGUGGAUACAACUUACAAAUCGUUUUUCGGGAACAUAGCAUAAUUAUUUCCAAACGGGAUUUACGUAUGAGAUAGCAUAUCCAUUUUUGAUUGCUAUCCCUCUCUUUAGAGUUGGAUGGCCUUUGAAAAAAUUCACAGGCCCCUUUUCGCUGAGAGCAAACACGUGGAUUUUCCAAACAACGAUUCCGUUUCUACAAGCUACAAUGGUGCAUUUUGCAAGGUAAGAAGCACUUUACUUUUAAGCAGAAGAAGGCUCUGUAACUAUUUAGAUGGAACAGCAGAGAGAAACCGCGAUCAACCCCCCUCGGGGGCUACUCCCUUAUAUAGGCUAUAUAAGUAUGUGCCGCUCCAUCGGGUAGGGUUUUUGCGCCGUUUUGGUCUGACCACGGGUAUACACUUUGCCCAUAUUGGUCUGGAAUGAGGCCAUGAAAGGAACUUGUUUUUCGACAGUUCAUCAAAGCCGUCGGAAAAAAAUCUUCAACAAAGAAGUGUUUUUGGUACUCAAAUAUUACCUGUUUCUUCGAGUCGGCGCAGAUACAUUCCAGCCACCAAUUAUAUGACCAUGCAUUGAUGAAAAUGGAUGGUGUUUCAAAGUUUAUACCAACAGCCUUCUUUUUGUGUCCUUAGGACGUCCCAUUUGCAAAGAAUUACGACAAAGAACCCAUAGUAUUAAUAGCAGCCGGUCACAACUCAGAAGGCAACAAUUUAAAGCCAAUAUACAUGUCCGUGACCCCAUGGAUUGAGGUAUUCUCAAAUUAUUUAACUAAUAUACAACACACUUUAAUCAAAAUAAGUAACAUCAAGCUGAUAACCCUGUAGCAAAUGCGCAUAUGAGCUAAAUUACACCAAGGUCUGUUCAUGCAGUCUCUUUAUCGGCCAUAGUCGCGCAGCGAAACGACCCAUGUAUUUAUCCAUCUGUUAUUCACGGUCAGUUUCCCAAGUUCUUUUUUUUUGUUGUUGUUUAGAUAGGAAUUCAAAAUGACCCAGUUACAGGUGUUUAAGCGAACGUCUCUAAACGUUGAGCUAUUGCUGUUUGUUCUUGUAAUCGAAAUAUAUGACGCUAGAUGAUUUGCUUAUUAUUUUACAGCACAUCAAGACCAGCGAAUUCCGCAUUUGUCUCAAGGAGUUGUUCGCUGACCAGCAUGAUCCUGUGACUGUGUCCUAUACAGUACUAGCAGGUGUGUUAGUAAAUGAUAAAAAAAAAAAUUCCUUUGCAAAGACCUUCUCAUGCCCAGCAAGCUUUGGUAGAUGUCAAGCAAACUUAGAGACUCCUUGUUUCAUAUCUCCUUUAAGUAAUCACCAGUAAAUGUAUUUUCUUAGUUCCUACUUACUACAAGCAUUUGUUUCUAUUUCCAAAAACUUCUCGGUCAGCUAAGGCCUAAGCCAAACGUCGAAGUUUUCAUGGAACGAACCAAACUGUAAUUUGAGUCGACCUAACUUAAGUUAACUUUAUAGGACGCGUGGAACCAAUCAACUGAAUCAGAUCAGUAAUAAAAUUAUUUUCUCCCGAACGAUUUUAAAUACAUUUAUAUCGAACAAUUUUUUUAAAAUUUAUUAGUUUAGUUCCUCACAUGUGAAGAUCGACGUUUGUCCCGGAGACGAUCUUCGGACGCUCUGUCCGUCUGAACGUGUUGGACGAUCCAAACUCAUUCAGACGAACUUAACUGAGCCAGGCGUCGCUAACAACGUUUCAUGAACUUAAUUCACUAAGUUUAGUUCGUCUCAUGAAAAGUUCGACGUUUGGCCUAGGCCUUUUUUUCUCUUUGUUACGCACUAUUUACUUCACACAAAAUGUUUUGUAUAUUGCAGAUGUAUGUAAACCGGGCUGGUCAUAUUUUAAUGGUAUUUGUUACUCGACAAGCCAUUCUUGCAAAAAUUGGACCGAAGCUGAGAAAACCUGCCAAGCAUACAGCGGCAACCUCAUCACUGUGCGGAAUCAAGAAGAAAACGUCUAUAUUCAGCAUCGGCUGAAUGGUGCAAAGGGCUGGAUUGGUCUAAACGAUAGGGUAAUUGAGGGUGCUUUUGACUGGGCAGAUAAUCAAACCAGUAACUUUUCAUAUUGGGCGAAGAACCAACCAAACAACUUCAACAAUGAAGAUUGCGUUCACACUUUGGGAGUCAGACAUAGUUUUAUGUGGAAUGAUGUAAACUGUGGUACUUGCCAUAACUACACCUGUUCAGAAGGUUUGUGGUUGACUUACCUCUUAUAUACCAACAGGCGUUACUAUUACUGGCAGUACAAACUUUUGUGGUAACAAUUACACAAUAAUUUGCGAAAAAAAAAAAAACCUGGGUAAAAACGAUUUGAUAAAAGUGUCAUAAAAAAUAAAUAAAUGCUACAGGCUUUAUGGGCCUCUUAAUUACAAAAUAAAAAUGUUUAUAAGUUAUUUAUAAGUUAAAAACCAUCGUUCAUAUAGCUGUCCAUUUAGUUAUGGGAUACAAAAUUAAGUUCCUGUUAAAAUAGGUGUCCAAAAUUCCUAUAGAUAUCUAAGCGCUCAGCUUGAACAUUCUAGCAAUGUGUAAUGAACUAGACAGGAUUGCCUUUUGCAUUUUGCGCAUAAUUGAUUAACACUUGUCUCCUGCAAGGUCUUUUAUAUUUUGCUCAACCUCUUUCGAAUAGCCCCCAAGGACAUGCAAGAUAAUGUUAUACUGAUUAUACUGAUUUAUUAUUAUUAUUAUUUAUUAUUAUUGAUACUGAUUUAUUAUUAUCAUUCACUAGUUCCUAUUCUGUUCCUAUUAUUCAUUAGUUCCUAUUUAAAAGCAAUUUCCGAAAAGUGAUUAUAAAACUACUUCCUCAUUAAAGGGUUUUCGCUUGACCUCAUUUUGAAAAUGUGGGUUUCCAUAAAUCGAAAAUGGUCUAUAUUAACGUUUCCAGGCAUUAAGAGUUAUUUUUAUCUAUUUCAAUUGUAUUUUCUUCCUUUCUUAUUGCCAGAGAAGAUCCUAAUUGACUUUCACCAAUUUACACCUCGAUAACCAAUUGCUGGUUUUCAGUGUCACGGUGUUCAAAAUAGAUCAAAAUAAAAAUGAAAACCGUUCAAUAGAUAAAUCUGGGAAAUGAAAGGAGGUAAAUAUGCAAAGACCCUCGCCAAGAUUCAGUUCAUAGGAAUAUUUCGUAUACGAGAUAUCCGAAGAAAUGUUUUACCCAGAUUUAUAGAGAUUCAUAUGGAGACGCCAUGCUGGUGCCCAAACGGAUGGGCACCAACACGGCGGACGGAAACCAACAGAAACAUCUGUUAGCGAGUUUUGCUAUAAAAGCUUGAAUUUAUUCUUCGAGGAACUAAUAAACAUUAAAGUAAUACUUUUUCUAAUACAUGAACUGUUUACAUGACAAAACUCCCUGAAAUAAGUCAUUUUUUUAGCCUAGCUACAUGACAGCUCUCUUGGCCGUCAUGUAAAUGCUGGGUCACGCAAAAGCUUAGGAAUUCAAGGGUACUUUAUCACAAAACCAAGAACCCUCUUGAACCGAAAAUUUGUAUGAAAAUUAGCUUUCAGCUGCUCUAAUACAUCGUGAAAGUAAAAUCUCGGUAGGAUUGACAGUUUUGUAGUUUGUAUUUUAGUGACGUCAUAUGAAAACCAAAAAUAGGCCAUUUACACGAUGACGUCAUUUCUCUACUACCCAGAAUCCUUCAGGGUAUUGCUUUCUUAUGAAAAUUAUGGCUUUUGUUAUUCAAACCUCACCAGGAUUAGCAAAUUUAAAUAUGAAAGAGAAAACGAAAUGAAUUCUGAAUUCUGGUCCCAGUAGUAAAAAGGCGUCGUGGUGCAAAUGGCCCAUUUCUCUGGCUUCUUAGCUGACAAAAAGUUUGAGUUUACCUUAAAUCUGUUUGUUGCAGAAAUAGUAUAAAUUACAGGAUUAGUCUACAAAGAAAAAUAGGCACUACUUGUACGAAAAAGAAAAUUAGACGUCACAAAAAGGAUCCAUAAGCUGGCGCUUUUAGCACUGCAUUUAGCACUGCUUUUUUAAAAAAGUUGAUUGACAAUCGAUCGUUUCAUUAUUUGUUUUGCGGGUUGAUUGACUAAACGAUUGUUUUAUAUUCGUUUUUCAAUUAGAUUUUGAUGAAUGUGGAGGAAACAAUAACCAUUGUCAUCAGAACGCCAUCUGCACAAACACUAUUGGCUCCUAUAGCUGCCGCUGCUCCGUAGGAUAUGCCGGUGAUGGCUUGCUUUGCAGAGGUAUUAUGUUCGAAGCCCCACGUUGCAGUUUUUCGUUUAAUUCAUGAAGCGAAUUUCUAAGGUAGAAUAAGCAUGCUUUUACCGUAAAAUUGCCUGAAAAUUUGUUUUUCAAAUAGCUCUUUAGAGGGGUUUAAAUACGGAGCAGCGUAUUAUAGUAGAAAAAUAAGCGUUUAAACAUAGGCUGGCACAAAUUAGGAGAGAGAUCUCAGAAACUUUUUUAUUCCAAUUUCAGAGAUUGCAAAAUUUGGACAUUAACCUAAUCUCUAUGAACAACCCUGAGCAAUGAAGUUUAUUAACUAUCCUAAUUUUAUAACUUGUAGAAAUACAGACCAUACUAAAGUUUUAAAUACAGCCCAAAAAGGGAAUUAAAGUACGUACGUGGAUUUCCCUACAAUUUCAAAAUCUAACCUCUCAUAGACUGCGUAGCUUUCCGCUCUGGUUACAACUUUCUCAACAAACCCGAGCGGGGACGCUUGUUAGAUCCAGUUAUGCAAGCUUAAUCUUUCGGGGAUAAUUUUUUUUGCUUCAGAUAUCGACGAAUGUUCUUCAGGUCACCAGUGUGACAGCAGUGCGACAUGUUAUAAUACAGAUGGAUCCUACACCUGCACAUGUAACAGCGGCUUCACGGGGGAUGGACGAACCUGUCGAGGUACGAGUAUUUGAAUAAAUAAUUAAUGCUAUAAACGACAGCUCUGUAAAACUUUUUGAUUAACUAGGUUGGCUGCCAAUAGGUGACAUCAUACGUAAAAGAAAUCCUCUCAUGCCACACAAAGUGAUUCAAUAUCUUCCUAAUUAUUUCACGCCCUAUUUCAAACAUGUCCAUUCUUCACAUGGUCAUGGUCUGAUUAGAUCCGCCGCCCAUAACAACUCUGUCAAACCACUCUGUCAAAGAAAAUCAGGACUUAAGCCUGGUUUUCAUAUGAUCUUCCGGAUCGUCCCGAUCGCCCCAGUCGUUUCAAAAUAUUUCGAGACGAUGCAGACGACUGGGGCGAUUGGUAGUUUCCAUAUGAUCGUCUCGAUCGCCUCAAAGGCAAGACACGCUUGGUCGUCAGCGAUGUCUCUGGGUCAGACAAUAGAAUUUUUGCGCGUGUUUUGCAUACAAGCCACAUAAAUGGAUGAUUUUUAUUCGUAAAGCGAACCUCGAACCUUGGUAUCUGCUUUUUCUCUUGAUUUUGCGGUAUUGAGAAGCUAGAAGAGUUCCCCGAAGACAUAGUAUCUCUUCGAAAACUUGAUGUCACGGACUUUCUCUAAUUUCAAAUAACCCCCAUACGCGCUGCGAACAUUUGUGCAUUAUUUUUUUGGCUUCAGCGCCAUCCGGGCCGAAUUUAUUCUCCAUUACCGGAAUAAAAGUGAUGACUUCUGGGAUAGCCUUCGGUCGUCCCGAUCGUCUCAGUCGUCUGAGAGCGUUUCCAUAUGAUCGCUUCAAAAUUUACAUGAUCGUCCCGAUCGUCCGGAUAGAACUCAACUCUAUCCAAGCGAUCGAGGUCGUCUCAGUCGUCCGGGUCGUCUGCGAUCGUCUGGGUAGCGUUUCCAUAUGAUCGUCCCGAUCGUCUGAACAUUUUUUGAGACGACUCGGACGAUCGGGACGAUCAUAUGGAAACCAGGCUUUAGGAAGUGUCCCUCAAGUACUUGUCGCCCGUGAAAUAAAUUAAGGCCACCCGUAUAGACACAUAGUUUCCCACACAAUGUUCAGAAAAGCACAACCGGAUAGGUUUACCAAGUACAACGCCUCGAUAGAACAUUUUACGGUUUUCAGAUCUUGUUACAAGUUUAUAGCAGUUGUAGAAUUUCUUUAUUAGAGAGAUUAAGAUUCCCGUUUACGCCAAUCGGCAGACGUGAAUUUCUACCACGGGACCAAGUUUCCCCCAUAUUUUCAGUUUACUCUUUACUGCUUGUACACAAAAAUAAGUAUUUUUAUGCCAGUUUUAACCAUAGGAAUAGUCCGGAACUGUCUGUCUGCUUAUUUUCUAUUCUGGGAAAUUCUCAACUUUAGCCGUUUGUGGUAAACUUGAAUCAUAAUCUCUCUAUUAUAUUUUUUUUACUAAUGGCUGUAGUGGAAGGGCCAUUAUAAGAACUACCCAAUGGUAGUAAUGUUUCCACCCUACGGUUAAAUAAAAUUUCUUGUCUUGUUCUUGUUCCCGUUGUUGUUGUUGUUGUUCUUCCUCUUCUCUUGUGAUGUCGUUCACUUACACAUUGGGGGAUUAGAUGGGGGACGACCCGUGCCCCCUCCUUAUUUUUAGGCUAAACGCUGAAGCCCGUAGGGUUGAGUAAAAUCAUUUUCUCGACCGGGCCCUCCACCUACUUGCUAAGCUGAAUCCGUCACUGCGGUACUUACAGUCAUAGAAUUAAAAAGCCAUCUCCUCUCAGUGGUCUACCACAGUACUGUUCUUUUUUAGGCCUUGGAAAGUUCACUCCCAUGACUAUGACGUUCGUGUACAAAAAAGAAGGUCCAGCUUAAAACAAAUAAAAGUUUCAUUAUCUUCCAGAUGUUGAUGAAUGCUCGUUCAACGGCCAUGACUGCGACUCCAAUGCAAUCUGCACUAACACAGAAGGGUCAUUUACUUGCAAGUGCGACGUGAAUGCGCAUUCCAUUGGUGACGGGAAAACAUGCACUCCUCAUCGUAAGCCGAACUAUAUGUUCUACUUCAGUUUGUUCCAUUCGUUUCUCGUUUUUAUAUCGAGUGUGACCACUUUGACAACUGUUGAUUUCUAGUUUAUGGGAAAAGCUUUAUCCGCCAAUAAUUAUGUCGCCAAAUAACAACUCCUGCCUAUUUUUUUUGUCGAAGAAUAUACUAUAAUACUGAAAUUUCAAAUGCGCUUAAAGCGAGAUUUGCUUGUUUAUUUUGUUGGUUGCUUCUGACUUUCUUGGGUUCUUUAAUUUUGAGCGUAUUUCAGGCUGAUUUUUUCACUGAUUUUUCUUUAAGUACGUACAGCUAAACUGGAGUCGUUGCCAGUUUUUGAAAAUAAGGCAACUUUGAAAGUAUGAAUUUCUGACUUACUUUCUUUAUACUAGGUGGCCUCGGUGAUUCCGUUAUUUUAGGGAACGAUGCUAGCAUGAUAUCACAGUUAAACACCUGGCUUCUUCCACACUUGCAAAGUCCUGACAGAAGUUACUGGAAACUGUGUUAUAGAGCUUCCAUUCAUGGUUGGAGAUCACGGACCUUUCACAAUUAUUGCGAUAACAAAGGUCCCACUGUAACCAUUAUUAGGGUCGGGAUCUAUAUUUUUGGAGGCUACAACGACAAUUCUUGGAAAUGUAAGUCUGGAAAUAUGAAAGUAUACUAAGAGGGUUUCUACUGGUUGAAAUUCAAGUCAUCACCCGCCCUCUCCCGGCCCCCUGUCCCCAUCACCCCAGUGUACAAGGGAGGAGGGGUGGGGCCUCUGCAAUUUUCUCCAGUAGUUUAAAACAACUUUUUCAAAACCUCUUACCUCUUUAACGAGUUGCCAUAUCUCUCGCUGGAGAGGAUUGUGAGGUCUACGUCAAAAAACAUCUGCGUAUAGGAGGCUGACUAAAUUCUCGCAACCUGACAAUCUUCUCUCAAGUCGCAACAUCAGUUUUUGUAGCAUUUUUAGGAAAAGCCGUUAACGAGCUGUGACAAGUGUUUAAAGUGGUACAGUAUUCAGGAGUCUUUUAACGUGCAACGUGCCGGAAAAUUCCAGGACUCAGUCGCCUGACCGGAAGAUUUACAUUGCAGGCAGGUGGGGAAGGUGUCUCCAAGGCCAAGGAAAUCGGUGGUUCAGCCGGCCUGCCAGUAUUACGUCACGUCUCGCGUCAGUGACUUUCAAAAUGGCGAGCAAAGUGUUCAUCGAGGGGACGGAUUAAAUUUUUAUUCCGAUUUUUACUGUUUCGAUUUCCUGGAUUUGGAGAUUUUAGAUUGUUAUAGAAAACUAAACUUAAGAACUUUUUUGGAAUGAAACGUCCAGUGGUGUAAUAAAUUUUAGGUUAGUUAAUGUUACAGUUAAUGAGAAGCAAAGGAGUAUAAACAACUGGCUCAUGGCAAACAAAAAAAAUCAAAUUUCUUUAUUUUCACACCCUAUAUCAAAAACGUAUUGAUUACGAUGUAAACAUCAAAAUCUCUGAUUACAGCGCAAACUCUCUUGUUUCCUCAGAAAGGAAAGAAUUUUAAGAUACCUUUGUGUCCCUGAUUCAAAGUUAUCUUGGACGCAUCAUAUUACAUAUAUUUCUAACAAAAUCAGCCAAUCAUUAGGCAUCCUUGCAAGACUAAGGUAUUUUGUCCUUUCUUCCACUUUAUUAAACAUAUAUCGUUCUCUUGUACAACCUUACUUGCCCUAUGGUAUAGAGAAAAUUUUGAUUCUUCAAAAACGGGACUUCGAUUAAUUCAUUUAAAACCCUUUAGGUUCCACGCUGGUUCAAAUUGUCUUAUGUCUUUUCUUUAUUUUAAAACAAUCUGCCUUGUUAUGCACGAUGGUCUCAGUAAUGUAACACCUCCAAACGUUUCCAACUUAUUUACUUAUUCUUCAAAAGUACAUUACAAUGAUACACGAUUUUCUGCGGCUGGCAAUUUUUAUAUUAAGCACUCGAGAAAGAACCAUAUGAAGAACUCCUUCUCAAGAAUUGGUGCAAACAUAUUUUGGAAUAGUCAGGGGCACCCAACGAAAACAUAGUUCAAAACCACUUAACCAUAGCAUUUUUGAACGUAUUUUAGUAUUUAAACGGUAGAUAUAGGCAUAUUUUUAUCCCCUAAAAAUUUUUCAUCUGUUCGAAUUUCCUAGCUGAGAGUCUAGUGAUCCGAAAAUUAUAUGGAUCAAAACUCACCUUUGAGCCAGGGGAAAGGCUCCCGAAAAUUCUAAGUGAGCUUUUUAGAGUAAAAUUCCGUUAAAAGUAGGCAAUUAUACCAGUUUUUAGAUGUUCGAAAAUCCUAGGAGAGGCAGGCAAGAAAGAAAUUUUAAAACAAAUGUUCCGAAAAUUCUAGAUCUCAAAUUGUCUACCGAACAGAUAUUUUCCGAAAAUUGACGUUGGGUCACCCCUGAAUAGUAUUCCCGACAGCGAUCGUGCUCUACCUAAAUAUAAAUUUAAGAAAACCCCACAGAGUCGGCUACUGGAUAUUUUGAUACAAGAAGAUACUUACGUUGGCGCGCGUAUUUAAUUGACGUAUUUGGUAAAUAUUAAAUUUUCAGUUUAAUGACAUUCAUACAGUGUUUCAUCUACCUAUUUUGAAAUAUAUGCAUUCACUGAACAUGUCUAGUUAAUUCAAUAUGUUGAUGUUCAUGUAUCUGUUUAACUUUAUCGUUAGUUUCAACCCUAUUAUUGUAACUUUUUUAUUAUCCUUCCCACCUCGAUUAGCUAUGGCUACUUUGCGGGCAAGUGAUCUGAAGGAUCAAUUAUGGCAUGCAUCCAAAGUGUUUUUAAUAAACUUGAACUUGAACUUGAGCCUUGAAUUUUAAAGAUUCCUUGCUAUCGUCGAGCAAAUUUUACGGGCAAUCAUACCGACCGGUCACAGUUUUGGGGGCCAGUGCACAGCAAGAUUGAGGAAAUUAGACACAGCAAUAGGAGGCUCAUCAAAGGAUUUAUUAUACUUUACAUUGUGCGCUCACUCGUGAAAUAUUUUUCAACACUCGAAGAGAAAUUUCGUAUCUCCAAAUGGCCAUGUAAUGUUCUAUUUAUUACAUAAACACCAAUAAAAUGCCAAAAUGCCAAAUCAUUUCAGCUAAAUAUUUUUUGCAACGAAAGGCUCGAUUUAUUAUGUGGCCAUACCAACAGUGAUCUUUUCACGUGUAAAGAUAUCAUGUUUUCACGCGAAAGCUCACCUGGUAUUUCAUUGGUGUUUAUAUCAAAACAAGUUUUCUCUGCCAUAGACGCUGUUGGGAGCUGGUGGAGCUGUAUUUGUCAUAAAUACAAAUAUACAUUUGCGGAAAAUUAGCUUAAGCGCGUAUUUCAAAGCUAUUAGGGAAUGGAGGAUCCAACGACGCGAACGACAGCGAGAACGUCAAAAAAACAAUAGGUUUAAUAAGCAAAACAACAACUUCGCUCGUGCAUCACACUUUUUUGUACAUUUCUUUCCCGUUUUUGCACGACUGCGACGUGAAAAUGCCUAAUUUCGCGUUUUAUAGAGGACGUAAACAAGCAACAACGAAAUUUUUUUCUCUUUCCGAGCUUGAAUAUGGUCCCUUGAAAUUCAGCUUCAGGAGGGUUCGCCCACAUUUGACAAAGUAAGUGGUUAGGAAUAAUCGCUAUAAAGACUGAAAGAACGCAAAUUCACCUUUUAAGCGACGUUCUUGUCGCCGUCGCGUCGUUGGAUCUUAAAGUCCCUAUUUCGCAUUAUUUCGGGUUCAACGGGCCGAUCUAGCUUUACUGAAUUUGGUGGAGAAUUAGGAGAUCAACAGAGGCCUACACUCGAAAGGAUGUAUAUGAAGUUAGGCCGGUUUAAUUAGUAAGAAAAAAUAGAUGAAAUAUAAACAUGUGGGAUCUGUGAAUGGAACCUCCGGUUCUGGAGACUAGAUCUUGCCUAUUUUAGAGAAAAAGGUUUGAUGACGGUCCCGUGAAACCGGCAACAGGACCCGCAAAACAAAUUAACAAAAUUAUACAUUUACGGACACAAAAUAUCAGCAACACCAAAGCUCACACCCAUUCGAUCAAAUUAGCGAUACAUCGCGAUAUUUGCUAGCUUCUUAGCUUUUCCUCGACCUCGCUCGUCCUAAUAAAUGUGGUAUCCCUUGCUAAUUUGCACUAGCGACCUGAGGCUAUUGCCCAUUACUAUGUGACGUCACCCUGGCAGACGGAGUGGGUCUAGAAACGUACUAGGUGGAAAAACAAGUGGUACAAUUUAACCUGGAGAAUCGUGAGAGCUCGAGUCACUAGACUAGGUUAAUGCUCACAGUGAAGUAAAGGCGAUGGUAAAUUGUAACCCUAAUAAAUAAAUCAGAAUCGGACAAUUAACCUGUCAGUAACACAGGCCACGCGGAAUAAAAGUCCGAAGUGAAACCUAUGACCUCCUGGUUAAACCAAGUGGAUAAAACCUUUCUUCAUCUUCUUAAUGGGUUUAUAAGAGUCAGAGAGAGGGUUUGGGAAGUGGGGUGGGGGUGGGGGUGGGUGCGGUUGUGGUGUUUGGGUGGCGGCUUCAUAGAGGGGAUUACGGUCAGGCUUCAGGCACUUUAGAAUUCAGUUUGGCCGUUUUGAAAUCUUUUUGGACUUGGAAUUUAUUAACGUUGAAUGUAUAGGAAGUAACCGGACGAUGGUUGCGUAAAAUUUCUUAUCAACGAAAUCGCUGCAUAAGGCUCAACAUGUGAUUUAGACCAACGGAAUCCCAGAUUACACACGUUUCGAAAAGCAUGUAAACUCUUUACGAUUCUUGGAUUCUCGUUUGAUCGCUACAAGAAUGGCCUGACUGAAUUAUAUUCGCUGUCGUUUAAUUUGUUAGAAAUAGCCCAAAAUCAUGAAAGAAAAUUGCCUUUUACAUUGACAAUAAUUUCUUAGUCAAAUACAAAUACAUGAAGUCUGCUCUUAGUGAUUUAAUUAAACCACCACCCUGUCACUGUUUGUGUUCUGUUUUUGUCUCUUCAGGGUCUGCUGGUUAUCAAUAUUCCACAAACGCCUUUAUAUACUCACUGAAAAAUUACUACGGUUAUGGAUAUUUUAAAAAGGACAUAAGCCAAGGCGAAUAUAGCUACGCCACAUACAGUCAGUACGACUGUGGUCCAACCUUUGGUAGGAGCCAUGAUUUUGUAAUUGCAGACAACGCAGGAUACAAUUAUAAUUCUGACUUUGAUGAUUGCAAGUCUUACCUCAGUCCAUAUUGCGACUAUCGUGUCUGGGCUGGAACGCAAAGGGGAGAUAAUUUUCGCCCAAAUGAACUGGAGGUUUAUUAUGAAGUGCUCGUUUGAAACCGUGCGGCAAAUAACUUUAAGGGACCCAGCAACUAACGUGUGAAAACUUUUCCUUCGGAGAAGCUUCACAUUUGGAACUUCAAGUCGCUUUAUCACAGAUCAGAAGCUUUAUUGCUGAUAGAAUUGAAUAGUAAAAUCACUAACCACUGUUAGCCUUAGCACUACUAGUUUUGUCGUUACGAUGGACCAGGAGGGACAAGAAGGUGUUGUACAUGAGCUAUAAAGAGUGUUUAUUUCAUGACUUAUUUGUUGCCUGGGAAGGGUAAUUUCAUGGAAGGAAUUUACCUGUAAGCGAUUUUUCCUGGUAGAAGUUAUUCCAUAGGACUUCAAUGGAAUCUUGAAAAACAUCGUGUAACUUGACCCAUUAGCGAGUAGAAUCUCAUUUACCUCGUAUUGGUGUUUUAUCGGCACGGUUUAACGAGUUACGUACAACUGUUUGUUUGUAAUAUGGAAGAGAGCUCGAGUAAAAAUUCAAAUCCUUUUUCAAGUGGCUCUUUCUCCCUAUACAAUGUAAACUACCGUCUUAAUGCUUUGGAAGGAUAGUUGCCCAGCACCCCUUCCCCGUCUUCAACUUCCCUAUGAAAUUUUAUGUGUGGAUUGAAACUGUUUAAAUGUUUGGUCAAUUAAUCGGAUUCAAUAUUGGUGGAUCAAGGUAGAGAUGUCUGUACCAUUAUCUUUACCAAAACUCUCAAUCGAUGGCGUGGUACCUUAAAGGCGCAUCGUUCGAUGUUCUCCAUCUACAGAUUCACCACCGUGGGGAAGAUACCAAACCUGUAGCACUUUUAAAACGAAAUACACCGUAAUUUUUAUAACUGAAAACAUGGAGUAAAAAUUUUAGGUACAGGAUAACCACUUUUUGGGGGUUACUUUAACUCCUAAUUUAACUCCGAAUUUGGGGUCAUUUUUACUCCUGAAAAAGAGUUCUUUUUACUCCCAGUCUGGAGUUAAAAUAACUCCGAAAUGGGGUUAUUUUUACUCCCUACAUGGGUUGUUUUUACUCUUUUUGGAGUUAAUUUAACUCUGAAAGUGGAGUAAAAAAUUUAGGUACAGGAAAACUCCUUUUUUGGGGUUAUUUUAACUCUUCAAUAUCUGGGGUCACUUUUACUCCUGAAAAAGAGUUCCUUAAACUCCUUUUUGGAGUUAAAAUAACUCCCCAAAAAAUAACUCCACUAUAACGAGUUAAAUUAGCCCCACUGGAGGAGUUAUUAUAACUCCUUGAAAAUUACUGUGUAUAUGUAGGUCUAAGCCUUUACCAGUAAGCAUUCUUUUGUAAGCGUUCAUAACGCAUACAGGUUCUGAUUUAUGCGUCCGAAAAGUGCAGUCGGAACAAAGCCUGAACAAAAGCCUUUGCUAAUUUAAGGCAACAAUCAGGCCUUUUGUCACGCCUUCAAAGACUUCAGAAUAUAUAGCUGAUAUGAGCUGUGUGGUGCGACCUAGUGUUGCCUCCCCGAAUAUAACGGAGAUCAAAGAUCUUAUAUAUGUUUCCUCUAUCUAGCGAUCCUUGUUGUCAUUAUUUCGACAACUCGAAGCACGAUUCGACUUGCGCCGAAGCGAAUGGGCAAGCACUGUUCAAAAUCAACACCCUGGGCUCCCUUGCUGGUCUACUGGACAACACUGACCCAAAGUAAACCUCCCCCGCUGCUCGAGGGCUAUACCUUGCGUUCACAUAAGCCGAUCGCAAGUCGCCAAAGCGAACCCCACCAUUGUGGCUUAGGAUUCAUUCCCAAGCCCAGAGUUAAUUCCUCUCCAGGCGUUUCUGAUAGUUAUCUUUAAAAUAGUUAUUAUACACAGUAAUUUUCAAGGAGUUAUAAUAACUCCUCUAGUGGGGUUAAUUAAACUCCUUACAGUGUAGUUAUUUUUGGGAGAGUUAUUUUAACUCCAAAAAGGAGUUAAAAGAACUCUUUUUCAGCGUUAAUGUAACGAAACACCGUUGAUCCCAAACUCCCAUGCUUUGCAUGACAAUAACGAAAGAAGGAGUCAACGGUUUCGGAUCCAGGGCCCCGUUCCUCGAAAGGUCCGGUAGAUUUUCGGGCCCGAAGGCAAAUGUUAAAAUCAAAACCUGUUGAAUAGUGGCCCAGUUCCUGACGCACAAACCAAUUUUGCUUCGUUAACUGAUAGUUUCACUGGACAGUGCAUGAAACCUUUAUACAUGUAGCUUCCGAAAUUUCGCAGGGACUCGAACAAUAGAUGCGCCGAAAUUUCGCCGAAUUUCCGUCUGAUAGGAAAGUUCGCAAUUUGUUCGCAAAAAUUCGCGAAUUUCGCGGAAUUUCGGCGAAGUUCGCUCUCACUUCUUUUGCACGGUACUGUAUAACGAAUAUAUCAAUAAUCGAGGUUGUUUUUCAUGUAUUUGCUGGCGAACCCUAGGCGAGACAGCACACUAUUCUGUUAAAAAAGCGGGAAAAAGGCAAAAUUUGUUCGGAUGUAAGAACUGAAGCAUGUGCAGUCGAUUGAUUUCGUAUUAUAAUAUCUGGGGUAUUCACUCCUGUGCGAAGACAUCAAGCAAAACGCACGUGGACGAGAUUGAGGGAGGUCGGGUACAUUUUCAGAGUUUACUAGUAGGCAGCUUAUAAACGAGGUGAGCGUUUAGGAAAUUCCUAUAUGUAUUUUCUAGAUGUUGUUUUUUCACAUCAAGGUGUCCGCGAUCCAGAUCGCUUUAGUGAUAAAUCUCGAGGAAGACGACAGAUUUAUAAGCUUAUGUGUUUGGCUGCUUCAUUUGUACGAUUCGCGAAUACAUGGAAUCGCGACGGAUUAAAUCCUCCUUCUUUGCGCAUUCAACAGAAGUGAUGUGCCAGUGAAAAAAAAUCUUCUGUUCCAUGCAUCGAUAUCUUCGCACCUCCAUUCGAGAAUCGACAAAACUAUUGACACAGUAGAGCAGCCAACCACAUAAACAGACCUUGUCUGCUGAGAUUUUUGUCAAACUUUCUCUUUGAGAAAUUUAAUACAUGUAGACUGCAGAAGUGAAAUAAAAAAUGGGGGUCUCCAUGCUAACUACUGAGAUAUGAUGGGUGCGAAUACCCCCAUCUUAGAGUAUUUGUUGCCAAUUUAUGCUCAGUCGUUUGACUAUAGUUUCUUAAAUUGUAAAGCCAAAAUUAACAUUCAGAGAUACAUUAAAGAACCCCAAAAGCCAUUGUGGUAGGCACUCUUGGAUAUUGAGCAACGUUUAUGGUUACCAAACCCAAAGUAAAAAUUAUGUUUUCAGACGACAUUUUCUCUAUUUUUUCACAUAUUUCCAAAAUUGAGAAUUUGCUUAUUCUUUGUCUAUGUUAAUUUUUGUGCCAAAAGGAUUAAUUAAAAUGAAAAAAAAUGAUGGAUUACCACGCUUGAUUUUUGAUUGGUGUAACAUUUUGGUGCUCAGGCGCCUCUCACAAAUUAUAUCAAAUUUUGCCACAGGGACUAUUUGGGAAUUUACAACGACAAAAAUAAAGUCACUCUAGGAAAUACUCUGCAAGAAUUAAGUUUACAUAUAUAAUUAUUGGUAUAAUUAUGUUAUCAAAAAUACAAGGCCGUACAAAUCUUUUCAAAAGUCCUCUUAUAUGUUUUUGUGACUGUCUCGUUAUUAUAAAUAGUAUAAAUUUUUUAAUAAGGUGGUCUGUUGUCAUCCAUGACGAUAAAUUAUCGUGCCUGUUUCGUGCCUCCACUGUGAUCUUGCUCAUUUUGUUCACAGUGCCAGUUACGCGUCCUUUUUCGCUAUGAAACUUAAUUAUACUUAAGAAAGAAAUAACUUGUGAAUGACAGCUUUGUGUAAAACAAAUACAACCAAGCUUAAUAUAUCGUUACAAGCAUAAAGGAAAUAUAGUAACAAGUUUCCAAAAACCUUAACUGCAAUCCGUUACAAUAUUCUUCAAGUUUGUCCAUCCGUGCUUCCUUUUGUAUUUGCUGUGUCAUUUAUACCCUCUUUUCUUUUAACUAUUUGAGCUGAUAUUUUCUAUGCUUUACUCAUUUUGGUGACGGUUCCCACAGUGAGCUGAAAUACCACCGCUCUAAGCCAAUCAAAUUGCAGAAAUUCCUCAUGUAGUAGUAUAAGAGUGAUUAUAAAUUUCGGAUUGUAACCGAACCCUGAACUGAACCCUGGGUGUGUUUCUUGGUUGGAACCUCUAGUUGGGACCCUUCCACCGAGACGUACAUUAAAGAGAAAACCGUAAACGGCACAACAGCAAGCAACAUUUUUUUAAUUGAGCCGACAAAGUCAGGCUUCAAGCGUUAUAGGUAUGAGAGCUAAAACCACUAGCUAAAAGGACAUGAGAGUGAAACCGUCUGCAGUACGCAGUGGUUUAUGCCCAGACAUUUUUCAGAGGAUACUGUCACGCAUUCUCAAAGCAGUCCAAAUCAGUCUGCCACAUCAUUCCACCGUGUUGGCAGCUCUUCUUCCCAAGAGAAGGAUACUUCAACACUCAGAGCGUUCACUUUACUGUGCUCUUCUUACAGACACUGGAAAUCAGUGCCCCCUUAAAUCACAGCUGCUACAUAUGGCUUUUCAAAAUUUGCAUUUAGUCCUUGUAUGAUUACCGCCUCCACACAAAAAGCUGGUGUAAGCCAUCUUCUGGCUUGAAGACGGCAAAGUGCGACAAGCACCUUGUCUCUACGUAGGUUAAGCGCGUGAAGUUCCAAACUGUUAUUUCGUUGAAACCGGCGAAUCCUUAGAAACUGCAUUCAGGCACUGGUUGCAAGGAUUGUUGUUGUUGUGCUUGCAGGGUCUCCUUGGCCGCGAUUAACCACCUGCAAGGCUUCUUUAAAGCUGCGUUCUUCAAUCAGUAGCUUUUUGCGUGUAACUGGAUUACGUUUGCCACACACGAACUGGCCUCGAAGUGCAUAUGAGCGACUUAAAAAAUCACCAAUUUUAUAAGGUAAAGGCCAGAUGCCUCAAACCGCCUGCGUUUUACUCGGGAAACACUUUCGCUUUCUUCCUGGAAACAAUAACGUAACCUGUACAACUAAGCGACCUCCAGCCGCUUUGGUUUAAGGUUUUGCUGCGGUAAGUCCCCGGGGUACUUGCUCGAAAAACAGUUCCCAUGUGCUCACCGCGCGCCUGCGCAGUACAAUACUGAAGAAUGAUAUCACAGCCGGAGCUAUCAUUAUAUAUUUGAUGGACACAAAUUGCCUUAAGGAAAUUCCCCUUUAUAUGAUAAACUAGAAUUAGUCGACACUACAGCUGCCCCGCUCUGUAUAUUGUCGGUCAACAUUAUACUUGCUCGUUGUGUAGCUCUUUGAAAUAUACCGAUUCAUAAUGAAGAUUUUCACUCAUAUUCCAUACAAUAGGUGAUAUAAAUACAGGAAAUGCAAGGUUCCAUGCACAGUUUCAGUUCGAUUUACACAGCUUUGAUCAAAACAUUCUCAGUUUCGAGAAUAGUUUGUUCUAAACCAUAAGAAAAGAUUUAAGUAGAAGUUGAAUUUUUCGCUAUUUCUCUUUCACUUUUUACAUUCAGUUCAUUUUAUUUGCCGGAACGUAAGCCUUAGAAAUUAAAAGGACGUUUGAUCAAUUCACGCUCGCGCCAGCAUUCUACUCUUAUUUAAACUUUAUGGCGGAAGGACAUCUGUUAACAAGGUAUAAGUCAGCACAGAAUUUGAUUGGCGGCGAAUUUCUGUGAUCGUCCAUCGCUCUGCUAGUGAUAAGCUAGCCGUUGUUCACUCUUCUUGCUUGUUUGGGGCUGAGUCUUAUUCCGGUCAAAGAGAGAGAAGGAGUGUCUGGCAAGGCUUCCAAUCAAAGAUUUGUGAACUCGUGUCUGGCAAACUCUCCAAGUGUUUAUAGCGGAGCUCCUCGCGCGCGCGAAGCGCGCGCAGAGCGGAGCACCAUGGGUAAGAAAAUUUGGUAAACUAUCCAUCUGAGAAAAUUUGGUUAUGACGUAGCGUAGCAAAAUCGAUCCAUCUUAGAAAAUUCGGCAAUCACGUGACCAUACACCGACCACCCGACCUUCCGUCCGUCCGCACCACAGGUAUACCAAUGUUUAAUCUCACACUUUCUAUCUAGUUUGGGAGCCUGCAACCUGAUAUUGUACCUCUAUGUUUUGAUUAAUUGACAGCUGUCAAAAUAGUGUUUCUGCUGACCAGUAUCGCCUGUCCCUAUGGCGGGCUCAGGUAUCGACCCACUGAGUUCGAGUGUUUUUUUAACGUAUCCGCUGACAGGUUGCUACUUUUCAACUAUCGCAUGCUCAAGUUCAAUUUUUUUUAAAAAGCAUAUGAAAUAAGUCGAGUUCAUGAGCCGCACUUUUAAAAUGUUGAUUUCGAACUGACCUCGGACGCGAAAAUUCAACCGGCUUUUACAUUGACAUGCGGGAAGGCAAUCAUUUUUGACUUUUCUCACUGUCACGCGUUGAUCACGCUCUACGUCCAAUUUUUAUGUUCUGAUUGGUCAAAAUUUAACAGGUGAGUUCAUGCGGAAAAUUUAUGCAGCGUCUGGAAACUUGCUUACUGAUGGCUGGAGCUUACAGAGUUUUGUGUCAUCUUGUGAUGUUUUAAACUGGCUUUUUCUACUUGGUGUACAAAACGAAAUACAGCUGCUAUCAAGAUUGUUCUGUAAUUCAUGGCUGGUUUGUUUAUUGCGCUUUUUGUUGACAAAUGCACCGCUUGUCUCAAAGUCAUUGGAAAUCCGAUUUCGGAUGGCAUCGUUUUCAAAAAUGAGCUUACUCACUUGUCCUUGCUUGAGGCGUAAGAGGGUUGAAAAUUCUGGAACACUUGAUGACCUUCAGAAGCAGCAUUUCGACUGGUAAGCGUGAGAAAUUGUUGUCUUUGAUUUGUUUUUUAUUUUCUUCGGUUUCCUGAAGUCGAGCGUAUGGUUUAUGCGGCUUAAGUUUAUACACGAGCAAUGAUCUAACCUACAAUAGUAUCAGGUUUAAAAAGCCUUUAGAAAUUUUUUGACCGCAAAUUCAAAGAAAAUGUUCGGAAGAUUAUUUACUUAUGAUUUUGGCUGUAAACAGAAAGCUCUGAGCGAUUUUCUUGCCUCGAGUUCAUCUUGAAAAAGAGCAAACACCGGGAAGCCGGCUUAAAACAUAAAUAAACUUAUGCUUACCUGACUCAUGAUUUUCAAAGACACUUUACUCUCAAUACUUCUCUUCGUGAAUGAAAAUUAUUGUCUCUGUACAUGUUUCACCGAAUUAUAUUUAUUUUAUUGAUUGUUAAUAGUCCCUCUCGCAAUUUUUAUCGCUGCACCGGUUGUAUCCAGUCGAACAUAAACAUCUCAUGCAGGAAUACUCAAAACGCCGCGCGUAAAUAUCACUCGCUUUUAGAGAUUACACAUACCAAAACCAUACACAGUUUAAUAAAUAAAGGGAAAUAAAACCUAAACAUAACAAUUUAUCUAUCAUGUUGAAGCGUAAAUGGUAACUCUCAAUCGCACUGCAAAUUUGGUGCCUGUCAAAAGUGAGCCCCGUCCGGCUGGCCGAAAAGUGAUUUUGGGAAUUUGUUUAUCGUUUUCAUUAUAAGCCCAUAUUACCCUGCGUAUCACAUAGGACCAGAUUUUUCUAACUGAAAGUCCUAGCAUUAUAGAAUUCUCUUCAUGAAAACGUUUUAUAAUUCAAUGCUAUAAUUUCUUGUGCAAAGGAAGGGCGUGCUUUGAUCGUCGUGGAUAUUGAAUGAGUGCAAAUUCUCUUGCAAAAUUGUGAAAAACUGCAGAAUUAUAGGUUUAAAUAGGGCAAAAAAGAACAAAGUCUGUCCGAGGUCUGUAUGAUAAAAACAAGGGCCUCAUAGUACUGUUUACGUGAGACGAGAUGAGAAAAGUAUGUUUAAAAGGCUGGUUUACACACCACCAGAUUCGUCGCGAAGAUUUACUAGUAAACUAAACUUGUCGAACACAAAAAAAUCCGGCCUGCUUUUUUAUUUUGGCCUCUCUUUUAGACAGAGGAAUGCAACGUGUAAAUUGGCUACCACCAAGGACUAUCAUGGCGCGUGUGUUUCUUAAAAUUAUAUUUCGGGGUUGUCCAAUUAUCCAUAGUCUCUCAAACGGAGCAAUGUUGGAGAGAGUGGUGAAUGCCACAUUAUGAUGCAACAGCUAAUGCAAAUACAAUACACGAAUAGGUAGGUCUAUUUGUUUUCCAGGCCUAAUCUACUGUGAUCGAACAUGAUUGCUAUUUUUGGAUGUACAAGUAAGACUAUUUAAUGACUCGAUGUAAAAGCUGUUUCACUCUUGGACUGUCAAAUUAUUUUUCUCUAAAAUCACUUACCCUUUGCCUCAAACUUCAAAUGAAUGUGCCGUGAUCUGUGGAUUACAAGUUUAUUGUUUGAUUUAAAUUAUGAAUUUAUUAACGGGAGCUUCGCUUUUAGCCCUGGCUAAAUCUAUAUAUUAUAUACACAUUUAUACGCACCUUAAAACUUCAUCUGCGCUUAACCAGUGUCUUGUGGUCCAUAACUUUCAAAAACACUGCUCCCCAAACGCUUAACCCAAAAUAGUAUCGAAGUAUCAUCGCACAAUAAAUUUCACAAAAUCUACCUAAGCGGUCCCUUCGGGAUUUUCCGUAUUUACGUCAUCCUAACCAUUUCGUACUUGCGGGAGCAAACAGUAGAAACGUCAUCAUUACCUAUACCGAUUCCUCGCGGUCCCUGUUCAAGCAAAUCGAGAUUUUUUCUGGCAUGCUGAUUGUAUAUUUCAACUGUAAGUACUUUCCUUACUAUACGCGCGAGUUACUAGUCAGAGUGGCGGAGACAAUUAUAGCAAGACAGAAUAAUUGAUGUUGCAAAGAAAAAGCGUAUAAUUUUUGCAUUAUAUAUGAGACGUAAAUCAACUUACAGAUGUCUUAAGCCGACAGUAACAACAAUCAGGCGGGCCUGUCAAGGUAACGGAACUAGUAACUAGCAACGUGAGACUACUGCCAAUUUCAAAGAAAAGACUUAACGUGCUUUAAAAUUUCCCAAUAAAGAAAAGAGUAUAUCUAAAGUGUGUACUUUAUAACUUCCAAUGUGACCUGUGUGAUGCAGGUUAUGUACGAUACACACGCGGACAUUUACACGAUCGUGUAAAAGGACAUAAACAACAGUCCUCCGCCAUUGCCAAACAUUAAAUUUUAAUGGAGUCAUGACUACUCCGAAACGUCGGAUUUUAUUGCUCGGCUCGUUUUUACCGUUUAUGUCUUCAGAAAUCUCUUUUAAUAGGCAUAUAUAAUGUGGCUUUAUUUAUUUUUCAUAAAAACCAAUAACUUUUGACUUCCUGGGGAACUCUAUAUUUUAUUUAAGAAUGCAAUUUGGUGCCCUCAAAUAUAAACAAGUUAAUGUAUCGCUUAAAUAAAGUUUAACAGUAUGUCUUUUUACACCAAAAUUAGAUCACUGGUUAUUUUAUUUUCAAAAGCCUUGAAUUCCGGGCUCGUGAGAAAAAUGGCGAGAAAAGCUUUACAAAAUUAAACUAAUAAUUUGGAAGAGCGCACUUGCAAAAUGCUGUUUAAUGUUUUGUUCAUGAUUCUUUCGUUGAGAUUGUACCAGUCCCAUUAUUGCUCUUGAUUGUACUCAUGGCGUUUGCUGAGCGAGAUAAAAAAACUGAGGAAGAAGACCGAGUAGUUACCUAAAAUUUUGAGAUAGCUUGAACAAGCGCUUUAGUUCGCAUCUGAAUUCUCUGAUUCUGGCAGCAUAGACGAAAGGAUUCCAAGCCGAGCUACUAAAAGCAAGUAGAAUUCCCCAUAACCAAUGUCGGUAAACUAGCGCCUUCUCGCAGAAAUCUCUCGUUCUUACGUCUAUGGCCGAGAACACCACGUUUGGGAAAAAUGUCAUGAAAAAUAUAGAAACAACGAUAGCCACUGUCCAUGCUGCUUUCCUAUUCUUUAGCAUGUCGGCAGCUUCCAUUGGACUUAGGCGACAGAUAUUUUCUUUUUGCUCAUGUACUGCUUUAAAUAUCUGAAAAUAGCUGUAAAUUAUUACUGCAAAUGGUAUGACGAAUGUUAGCACAAGCGUUACAAUCCAAAGAACAGAUGCCUUGCCUUUAUCCUCGAAAAACAAACUGGAACAUCCGAACAACAACGAUGUGAUCCAAAUUGAAACGAUUGUUCGGUAACACCGCUUUUUUGUUAUUAUUUGUUUGUACCGAAUGGCGAACGUUACGGCAAUAAGCCUGUCGAUGCUAAUCGCGCAGAGAGUAAAUGUUGAUGUUACUAAACAUUGAAUCCAAAGAAAGUUUUCCAGUCUGUACACAAGGUGCGCGCUGAACCACUUCCUUGUGACAGUUAACGCGAUGUAGACAGGAUACACAACAAGGCCAACUUCAAGAUCUGCAAUCGCCAGCGAUGCGAUGAGGAUAUUUGACGAACUUCUCAGCGCACGUACUCUGUAGAUGAUCAACAAAACUGUAGAAUUUCCGCCGAUAGCAACCAAACUGAAAAGAGAAUUAAGCAAAAUAAAUAUCACACCCCAGUGGUGUGUUAAAUUAGGCGAACAGUAAUGAUUUGCUUCUUCGGUCAUGGCCCAGGCAGUGAGAUUGCUGAGAUUGUCCAUGUUUAAGCAUCAGCAACGAAAUUCAUUUCCUUGUUCAUAAAAUAACACGUUUUAAAAUAAAACUUCCUUUGCCAGGUAGUAUUCGUUUUAGGUUGAAUUUCGAAACUUAUAUAUGUUAAUUUUUGCCUGGUUUAUGUAAGUAUUAAUAACUUGACUUUUUGUCAAGGCCGACAAAGAACUCCGAUUAGCGAAUCUUACUCUGAAUUUAAUAGAUGAAGCAUCUGCGGUUCAGUUUUUAAUCUGCACUUUAACCUGACAGCCCAAGUGUCUGGGCACUUAACUGUUCUUGUUUUAUUGCAGUCAUUUGAUUACGUAUUCAAAUCCACUUCCAAUAAUUUUAAGUUAUCGCCUAUAUCCUGUUCUUCGUAUGUCUACACUGUAAUUACAUAAUGCAAGAGGCGCGAACUCGUAAUUUAGAGAAUACCACUACAUUUGUUGUGAAUGGACUAAAGCUUUUUAUUCCAUAAAAGGAUUGUACUUAAAAAUUAACGGUGCAUUUAAGGUGAAAGGUAUUAAAUUUCUUUAUUAUUUAUUCAAAAUAUUUCCCUAAUUCUAACUGGCUAAAAGCACACACAUAAUUCACCAUAACCAGUUACUGAUGACUAAGUUUGGAAGACUUUUGUGUUUAACGAGGAAAUGACGUCAAAAAUGCAGCCUUUUACAGGUUAAUGCACCGUUAACCGAGAAGACCUGGGGACGAGACUGAGUUGUUUUCGUCGUAAAAACCGCUAAAAUGGCGGACACUUCACUCGUUUCAAGAGUAAGAACUACAGCUGAAUUUAGGCGAAAUAAUGGCUAAAAACAUAGCAAAAACAGACAGAAGACAACUCGGAGAGCGACAUCUGCUAUUUGGAGAAUAUUUGCGGAGCUGGACAAACCCAAACGUAAACUAUCGAAGAUAAACUUAACAUCGAUGCAGGUAAGCUUGUUUUAGGUAUGAUUUUAAACUAGGCCUACGGCCUCGACGGAUAACACCCUCCGAGAUGUCCAUAAUUCUUCAUAAGAUACUCAGCCUCAUUCAUUAAUUGUUAAGUAAGGUUUCGUGAAGCCUUUUUUGUCUUAUAGCAAACGAAAACAUUGGUACACGUUCCAGUUACUUGUCCAGCUCAAUAAUAAGGAUUUUGAGGAGGUAGUUCAAUAGCGACUGUUUCUUGCAUUAGUCGCUUUCCAUUCAGCCUUAAAUUCCGGCAAUUUUCGGUAGGAAAUCAAAUGCAACGGACCAUUUUGGUUCCUUCCGACAGGAAUAUUUAGGACCACCUUGGAAGGCGGUCCACUUUGACCAGUCCAGUCAUUUCGGUCGGUCGGACCGAUACGUCCCUUUCCAUUUGAAAAAGUUAAUUGUUUUUCUUUACAACCGCUUUUCGGUAGCCUGCUUAAAAGUACAAUAAGCAGACGCGACGUGGCUUGGGUAGGGUCUGUGCAACCAAUGUUCAUUUCCAUUGGUCAAACCGGGAUUUUUGUUCAAUGGAAAGCGCCUCUUAAUUGUUUCCAUGGUCCUUUUUUGAAAAUAUUAGUUUCAGUUGUCUGACGACUCAAUUUAUUUAUUUUCAUAUCAAGGACUUUGCCUUGAGAGUGAUUCAAUACGGAAACACCCAGCUAUUUAUAAGGAUUCAAUCGCGGCACCACUUUGAAGAAAACCAACUCCUUCCACACGGCCGCCCUAAUAAUAGCAAAAGAUUUUCAAGUUGAGAUGAAAAAGAAAUGCCACGAAUCGAAAUAUUUCUGCGGACAAACAAAUAUUUCUUUGAAAUACCCUUAAUGAGACAUAACAUACAUGCCAGUGAUUCAAGGUUGCAAUUUUAGCUCAAGACCUGCUAUUCUUACUGAAAAACCCUUCUUGUCUUUUUAAACAGGUGGCCCGUUAAAUUACUGUGAUCAAUAAAAAAAUCCAUGAAUCAGUUUUGAUAACAUCUAAUAAUGAAAAGAUCAGUCUGUAAAAUGUAUUUUUUUUUAAUAUACUUUCUUGGCAUACCAAUGUUUUCUACUAGGUUAAAAGAAGCUACGUGACGUCAUGCAUGGCCCACGCGGUGAGGACAUCUGCUUUUGUGCAUUAGUAACGAAAUUCAUCUCCUUGUUCAUUAAAUAAACAUGUUUUAAAAUAAAACUUAUUUUGCAAAAUAAUGUUAGCUUUAGGCCCAGGUUUGUCUCUUAUGUAUGCUAAUUUUCGUCUGGUUUAGUGUCAUAAAUAACUUGAAAGCAAAAGAUUACUUAUUAACAAAGAAUCGAUCCGAACAGUUUAUUUGACGCUAAUGGAAACAUCUGCGUUUAAAUUAAACUACAUUCGGCGACAAAAUGAGUUGAGACAGUUCGUCCUAAAUGGACUUUUUGACGUUUUCCGGACUUCAAAGGGGGAAAAGAUAACGUUUCCUCCCCCAUCCCCUCCAUGCAAUGUUGUGCCACUGUUCGAGCUACCUUUAGAAAACAAGAAACAUCCCAAUUUUGAAUGGAGGGGACAGGAGAGGGAUGUGGAUUCUUAUGUUUUAGAAGUUACCCUAUUUGAGUACAAUGUCUCAACAAUUUUGUCGCCGAUUGUAGCCUAAAUUAAACUGAUUGAAUGUAUUUGAUGUUUAACUUGAAAACACAAAUUUCUGUGUAUUUGACCAGAAGCAUAGAACCCCGAAGCGUCUAAUUUCCCCUUAUGUGUUAAGAACCAAGCUCGGGUUUUUUAGCCGGCGCAGCCGUCCAAUCAGAAGCACGGAAAAUUAUUUUGCCCAAAUAUGGAAUCAGAGAUUCAAGGCUAAAAACUUUGAGCCUGCAACGCUUAUACAUGUAAUUUCUACGGCUGAAAGAAAUCGUUUCGUGGCGUAAAAGAUGAAGUAAUUACGCUGCUAUAAAAUGCAUCCCUGGCAAAACAUAAAGAGCCACAAAGUUAUAAGCGGUAUGGCUUGAAAACAUCGACCAACGACGAAGUAGGACAAGGAUGUUUACGUUUCUUCACGACAUCG